AGGGAAGGGAGGUUGGUAGAAAUGGCGGUGGCUGGUAGUGGGGAGGAAGUCGGUAGCGGUAGUAUCGCGGCGGCCUGCGCAAGAGCAGCCUGCCAGGUAGAUUUUCCAAUAAUGAACAACCCGUGGUAACUGUCAGUCUGCUCGUGGUGCAUUUCGUCGACUCUUGCUGCGCACAGUGUGUUCCGGCGUGUGUUAAAAUGUGCUGUACGAGUAAUUAGAUAUCUCACCGAGCGCGGAUUACUCGAAGAGCGACGGGGAUCCUGCUGUAGAACAGGUGCACGGCAUCGAUAAACACGCGAUGGAGAGAAGAAAGUGAUCCAAAAAAUUGAAACGGAAGCCUGCGGCCGUUCGACCUCGAGAUGUUCGCGGGAUGGAGACUUUCCUCGGGGUCUGCAUCGCUGUAGACGGCGUAUAGAGUCAGGAUCCGUUUGACGAACAUCGAGCUACCGGGGGAACCAAGAUGGGCAAGUGCUGCAGCAAGCGGCAGGAGCCGCAACCCCUUGGUUAUAAAAAAGCAGACACAGGACUGAGCUCGAAGCACAGCAAUGGAGGUUCCUUGGAUCGGUACACCGCUGACCCGAAUCAGAGGGGUGUACAAGCGAGGGCUGACAUCAUACGUCCCAGGCCAACACCUUGUAAGCUACAGAUUCCGCAUCAACCCCGUAAAACAAGCUCGCCUGUCGUUAUGCCUGCAUCGCAUUCGCAGAGGUCGAAUAAAAUCGUGGUGGCGCUGUACAACUAUACCGCUCGCGAGAGCACCGACGUCAGCUUCGUGAAGGGCGACCGAAUGGAGGUAUUAGACGACACCGAGCCCGACUGGUGGAAAGUUUUGCACUUGACAACCCUGCAAGAGGGUCUCAUUCCUUGGAACUUCGUCGCCGUCGAGCGUUCCGUCGAGAGCGAAGAUUGGUUCUUCGAGAACGUCUCGCGCAAAGAGGCUGGAAAGCUCCUCCUGGUGGACGAGAACCCGCGUGGAACGUUCCUGGUGAGACCCAGCGAGCACAAUCCCAGAGGCUACAGCUUGUCCGUCAAGGACUGGGAGGAAGGAAGGGGCCAUCACGUUAAACAUUAUAAAAUUAAACCGCUGGACAAUGGAGGUUUCUUCAUCGCCACCAACCAGACAUUUCCCACUUUGCCUGCGCUUGUUAUGGCGUACAGUAAGAACGCGCUGGGUCUCUGUCACGUGCUCUCGAAACCGUGCCCGAAACCGCAACCGGACAUGUGGGAUCUCGGUCCAGAGCUGCGCGACAAAUGGGAGAUCAAUAGGAACGAGAUACAGCUGAUACGGAAGCUGGGCCACGGUAACUUCGGCGAGGUGUACUAUGGAAAAUGGCGGAACAAGAUCGAGGUGGCGGUGAAGACGCUUCGACCAGGGACCAUGUCGACGGAAGCGUUCCUCCAGGAGGCAGCGAUCAUGAAACAGUUCCGACACAGACACCUAGUGGCGUUGUACGCCAUCUGUUCCAAGGAGGAGCCCAUAUACAUCGUGCAAGAGUACAUGUGUAAUGGUAGCUUGCUGGACUUCCUCAGGACAGGUGACGGAAAGUACAUGCAGUUCGAAGACCUAAUCUACAUCGCUGGCCAGGUAGCUUCCGGUAUGGAGCAUCUCGAGAGCAAGCAACUGAUACACAGAGACUUGGCCGCGAGGAACGUCCUCAUCGGGGAGAAGAACAAGGCGAAGAUCUGCGAUUUUGGUCUCGCCAGGGCGAUCGAAGACGACGAGUACUGUCCGAAACAGGGGAGCAGAUUCCCCGUCAGGUGGACAGCCCCAGAGGCCAUCGUCUAUGGCAGAUUCAGCAUCAAGAGCGACGUUUGGUCUUACGGGAUACUGUUGAUGGAGCUCUUCACUUAUGGCCAAGUUCCUUAUCCUGGUAUGCAGGGACGCGAAGCAAUAGAGCAGAUAAACCAAGGCUACCGGAUGCCGAAACCAUUGAAUCACCCGCUGCCGGACAGCAUUUACCGAUUGAUGUUGCAAUGCUGGGACGCCAGUCCCGAGAAACGGCCCACGUUCGAGUUCCUGAACCACUAUUUUGAGUCGUUCAAUGUGACGAGCGAAAUACCGUAUCUGGAGCCGCCAACGGACUGAUAUAUAGCUCAUGUGCAGAAUCACCUGGUGCCACACGGUCAUUUUCACCCAGCGCACAUCAACUGUGCCAUGGAGUUUUAUGGUAUUUAUUGUUAAGGCUCUCCGAUCACGGAGACGUCGUCGCCAUUCUUGUCGCUCUUCAGAGUCCCUGAAACAAGUUUCAAAACGCCAAGAGCGAACUCCAACAAGGAAAAGAGACGGGAGGAUACCAGAUCAGGAACGAAAACGGAGGAAAACGUUUUGCGAGCGAUUCGGUGGUGGCAAGAAUUCUGAAAAAGCGUUACCAGAUUUCUCGAAGCAAUCGUUGUUAAACGCUGCCAAAAUUUCUACGACGAUUUCGCAAGUAUACCGACAAGUGUUCUUUUCGUUCGUAAAUUUUUCUUCAAUCAGGGUGUCAUCGUACGGCGCAAGCAUCCCAAGAACAAUGAUCUUGUGUGCCAUGGAACAUUAUAAAGAAAGAAAAGGGGAAAAAAAAGAAAUAUUAAGUCUUGUUCGUGCUCGUAUAAGGAUGUAUACGAGGCUGUCGAAACUUUGUGACCAAUCGUGAAUAACUGCCGACUAAUACUGAGUCAGACCGACUGAUAAUAAGAUUAUAGAAUCUCUAUCCGUUACGUAUCCAGUAUCUAUUAAGGUUCGAACGAAAUCAUUCGUUGUUCGACCCGUUUAAUGUAAGCAUUUUCACAAUUUGGAGAGUAUAACGAAUAAUUGACGAGGUUGGUAUCGAUAAUCUUACAAAAAAGUGUUUAGAGAGUAGAACGGAACGAGCCGAGAACUGUAGUGUUUCGAAUGGUAGAAGAUGUAACCGAUUUAUACAUAUAAGUCCGUCAAUGUACGAUCGCGGCGCGAAGAAGGUAACCGACGCGCCAUCUAUGUAAUCCGCGCGAUUACUUCUCAUUGAUCUCGAAUCGAUCGCGACUGAUUUUUUCCUACGAUCCAAAACUCUUCUUUGGAUUUAAAUUCGGAGGAUACUGUUUGUGCAUCGAUGCGCGAACGUUGUUUAUCGAGUGCACAAAUAUCUGCGAUAGGACACAAUCACGUUCUACGAUAUGUAAACUAGGUGCGAACGAUGUCUCGUUUCACUUCAAAACGACGGUUCGCGUAGAACAAUAUUUUAUACGAGAGAUUAAAUACGUUUUAUACGUAGUAAAAAAAAAAGCGACUUCUUUCGAUGUACUUUUGUUUUGUGAACAGUGGUGUUCCAAAUACACAAUUCGAAAGCACACGAUCGUUCUGUAAUAUACAUAUUAUUGUUUUUACUGUGAUUGUACCCUCUGACGGAAAACUGUGGAAACUAUUGUUCUCUUCACGACCGUCGGUAAUAUGCCUCCAUAUCGAUCGAUUUCGUUGUCGAGUUUCUCUGAAUUUCCGUUUUUAAAUUCGAUGAAAUUAAAACACGAAGUUACAAAAUACGAAACAGUCGUAUGUUGCACAGGGUGUUAACAAAAGGAUGGACACACUUUUGGUACGCAUAUAUCUGAAAAUAUUUUAUCGUUUGGUUGCUCUUUUUACUUUCUGAAACGACUGACGGAAAUGCCUAUAAGUAGAUAACCACCCUAAAGCAUCAGUAAAUCGGGUUGCAGUUGUAUAGGCGUUUUCAAUCGGUACAUCAAGAAUUACCUAACCUGCAAGAAAGGAAUUGGAUGUACACGAAUAUGUGAACCUUUUUCCUUAUAUCCAAAUGCAGAAUCGAUUCUUAAAUGAUCUCCCGCGUAUUUGUCGACACCCCGUACACGUACACGUGCAUGUCGCGACAGGAAACGACACCAUUUUUCGACGUUACCGCGGAUUUAGCGAGAAGAAAUUGAACUAGAGAUACUACAUGAGAUAAAAAAAAAAUUAAGUCAUCGAUGUUGCUCGUACAAAGUGUCUGAGAAAUUGUAAAUUUUCUACUAAACACACAAAAGAUAGGUUAGGGUAGAGUCUAGACGGUAGGUCCGUAAAGUAGGUGUAAAGUAAAUCAUCCUCGGAAUGGUGAAACGCGGUCGUAAGAGUUUUAAUUAAUAAUUUUCGUCGUGCAAGUGUUUUUUGGAAAAGUGUUCCGAUUCCGAGGACCGUAUUGUUGUCGUGGUUGUCCCCAGACGUAAGUCUUCAGAAGUACAUUGAACUAUGUCACGAUAAACAGGAUGAGCCAUUAUGACACUCUAGAUAUUAACGUUUAAACGAAUAAGAAACAAAAAAAAAUUAAAUGUAUGGGAGGGAGAGAGGAAACGGAAAAGCGUGAAAGUGUGUGAAACGUGAGAUUAUUGCGUACGUGAGUGUAGUGAAUUUGUUACACUUGUGUUUGUGCGGUAUUCUUUUCGACAUUAAGAGAUGAGCAAUAAAAUGUCGUGCUGUCGCUCCGCAAC